GGAAGUGGAAAUUAAGAAGCGAUGGAUAAAAGAAUUCACAGAAGGAAAGGAGGGAAAAAAGAAGUUAAAGAGGAAUGAAAAGCAGCCAAGUCUUACGCGAGCAAUACUGCGUACAUUCUGGAAACCAUAUAUGUUAUAUGGAUUGCUCCUUGUUAUCCAAAAUGUAGUAUUGCGUACGAUGCAACCAAUCAUGCAAGGCUUGGUGAUCGACUAUUUCAGUGACAAUGGAACAACAAAAGCAGAAGUCACUCUUUAUGCCACUGGACUUAUCCUUAUAACUGCAUUGCGCCUGAGUUUGUCAGCUUUGAAUCAAACGGCGACUGGACAAGUAGUGAAUUUGCUCAGUAAUGAUGUGAAUCGUUUUGAUAUGCUCCCAUUACAUUUGCAUCAAAUUUGGGUUAUGCCAAUUCAGGUUGCUUUGAUUGGUUACGUAAUGUGGCAGUCUGUAGGAAUCGCUACUCUUGUUGGUAUAGGAAGUUUAACCAUUUUGACUAUUCCAAUCCAAGGGUAUCUGAGCAAGCUGAGCGCACAACUUAGAGCUAUCAUUGCUCGCAAAACGGACAAAAGAGUACAUCUCAUGAGUGAACUGAUUGCAGGCAUCCAGGUAGUGAAAAUGUAUGGCUGGGAAGAACCAUUUGAAAAGAUGGUAUCGUGGACACGACGCACUGAGAUCAAAAUAAUCAGAUACUCUUCCUAUCUUCGUGCCUUCUAUUUAAGUAUCAUGGUUUACACUGAGAGAUUGACACUUUUCCUCACCUUAAUAGCAUUCAUUCUUAUGGGCAAUACUCUCACAGCUGAUGUCACCUUCGUUCUUGCAACUUAUUUCAACAUUCUACAAAUGACUAUGGCCAUCUUCUUUCCUCAAGCGAUUAUUACGGGUGGUGAAGCGCUCGUUUCUAUCAAAAGAUUAGAGGAAUUCCUUAUGUUGGACGAGAUCGUGCAAAUCAAUGAUAAUAAGGAAUUACUUUUAAAGCAAAAGGACAAUAAUAAACAGCAGAAAGACAUGCAAAAUAAAUGUACAAUCGCAGAGAAGGAAAUUACAAAUCCGGUGACAGUAGAGCUAUAUCGUGUAUCUGCAAAUUGGAUACCUAGCCAAUUACCACCCACUCUACAUGACAUUUCCAUCAAAGUCGAGGGCGGUCAACUUUGUGCCCUUAUUGGACCUGUAGGCUCGGGAAAGUCUUCUCUCCUCAAUGUUUUAUUAAAGGAGCUUCCCAUAGGUGCGGGUGACGUCUGGUUAUGUCAGAACUCUAGUUCGAAGGAAGGUCAAAACAACCGCGGCUAUCAUUCAGAUAAUCCCAAUCUGCGUAUCUCCUAUUGUAGUCAAGAACCCUGGCUAUUCGGAGCAACCAUCCGAAAUAACAUUCUAUUUGGACAAGCAUAUGAUAAGAAAAGAUAUCAAGAGGUAACAAAAGUUUGUGCACUUCUACAGGAUUUUAAACAGUUACCUCGUGGCGAUAUGAGCAUUGUCGGUGAAAGAGGUGCUUCCUUAUCAGGGGGACAGAGAGCUCGAGUGAAUCUCGCUAGAGCCGUUUAUAGGAGAGCUGAUAUCUAUCUUUUUGACGAUCCUCUCAGUGCAGUCGAUGCUCGAGUUGGACAACACUUAUUCAAUGAGUGUAUAAUUAAUUACCUUAAAGGAAAAACCCGAAUUCUUGUAACUCAUCAAUUACAAUAUCUUAAACAGGCGGAUACAGUAAUCGUCCUCGAUCGCAAUCGUGCGUCGAAAAUGCGGACCCUCAUCGCCCCAAGGUGUCAAAUUACACGUAAGCGCGCGCGACGCAACUUCGUCGUCGUCGUCGUCGGAGGGCUAAGGAAUAUUCCGGAAGAUGCAUGAACCUUGACAUCGAAUCUCUGUAGGCGAUUCGAUUCCUUGAAAUCUGCGAAACCUCCCAUCCCCAUUUUCUAACCCUUGAGAGUUUCCUAUAAAAGGAGGAGCUGAACGUACCUUCGUUAGUUUGCUGCAACAACUUGGAUGAUACCGCAUAAGAGGAAACAACGUGAGUACGAGUACAGUUACAGUUAAGGAAUAUCACAGAAGUCAAACAGUUGAUCGAAGCUAGAAGAGGUCGUAAAAAUCUCCUAAUAAAUUUGAAGAAAUUCGAUAUUAAUUGAACGCAAUGGACUUCUCGACAAUUAACAAAGUGGCUCGUUUGGACUCAUUUCUUCCAACGAAAAAGUUGGCGGAAUUAGAGAUUCAAAAGGAAUACAAGAUUAGUUGUAUUCGGAAAAUUGAAACAAAAUACGGAACGAGAGUAAUCGUCGACAUUGAAAACAGCUUCUCGACAUUUCUACCAGCGAGGGUAUCUAAAGUCUUGAAAGACGAUAACAAUUUGUUCCAAAACAUGGUGCGUGCUGCCGACGAAGAUCGACUCCUCAUACGCUGUCUCGGUGAGCAGUAUAAUCAG